CGAGGAUGGGCGCGCGGAGCUGGCGCGCGGGCUGCCGCUGCCUGCUGCUCCUGGCGGUGGCCGGGUCUCUCCGCAGCGAGGGCGCGCGGAGCUGCGAGGAAGUUGGGAAACUUUUCCAGGGGCGCCUGGCGGGAGCUGUCAAGGGGCUGCCGGAUUCGCCGCGGCCAGGGCCUGAUCUUCAGGUUUGCAUAUCCAAAAAGCCUACAUGUUGCACCAGGAAAAUGGAGGAGAGAUACCAGAUUGCAGCUCGCCAGGAUAUGCAGCAGGUGCUGCAAACAGCCAGCUCUCCAUUGAAGUCUCUAAUAUCUCGAAAUGCAGCAGCUUUUCAAGAAACCCUUGAAACACUCAUCAGACAAGCAGAAAAUUAUACCAGCAUACUUUUUUGCAACACCUAUAGAAACAUGGCCUUAGAGGCAGCUGCUUCAGUGCAGGAGUUCUUCACCGACGUAGGUCUCUAUUUAUUUGGUGCAGAUGUUAAUCCUGAAGAAUUUGUCAACAGAUUCUUCGAUAGUCUUUUCCCUCUAGUCUACAAUCAUCUCAUUAACCCUGGUGUGACUGACAGUUCCUUGGAAUACUCAGAAUGCAUCCGCAAGGCCCGCCGGGACAUCAGUCCAUUCGGGAAUAUUCCCAAGAGGGUCAUGGGCCAGAUGGGCCGAUCAUUGCUGCCCAGCCGUACGUUCUUGCAGGCCCUGAAUCUGGGCAUCGAAGUCAUCAACACCACGGACCACCUGCACUUCUCCAGAGAGUGCAGCCGGGCCCUCCUGCGGGUACGGUUCUGCCCUCACUGCCAGGGCCUGGCGCUCAGCAAGCCUUGCACGGGCUACUGCCUUAAUGUCAUGAGAGGCUGCUUGGCCCACAUGGCAGAGCUUAAUCCACACUGGCACGCGUACAUACGGUCUUUGGAAGAGCUGUCGGAUGCCAUGCAUGGAACAUAUGACAUUGAACACGUGCUCCUCAACUUCCACCUGCUUGUCAAUGACGCUGUGAUGCAGGCUCACCUCGGGGGACAGAAGUUAUUGGAACAGGUAAAUAAGAUUUGUGGCCAUCCAAUCAGAACAUCCACACAAAGCCCCCAGUGUUCUUUUGAUGGGAGUAAAGAAAAGCAUGGAAUGAAGAUCUCCGCAAGAAACGGUGAAGAGACACUUGCCAACAGAAGAAAAGAAUUUAUCAAUAGUCUUCGAUUAUACCGGACCUUCUAUGGGGGCCUGGCUGAUCAACUCUGUGUCAAUGAAUUAGCUGCUGCAGACGGACAGCCAUGCUGGAAUGGAGAAGACAUCGUAAAAAGCUAUACUCAGCGGGUGGUUGGAAAUGGAAUCAAAGCCCAAUCUGGAAAUCCUGAGGUCAAAGUCAAAGGAACGGAUCCUAUGAUAAAUCAGAUUAUUGAUAAACUGAAACAUGUUAUUCAGUUGUUACAGGGGAGGUCACCGAAACCUGAUAAGUGGGAACUUCAGGUUGGCAGUGGUGGUGGCGUGGUUGACCAAGUGAGCGGGGACUGUGAUGAUGAAGAUGGUUGUGGGGGAUCAGGAAGUGGAGAAGUCAAGAGGACACUCAAAAUCACAGACUGGAUGCCAGAUGAGCUGAAUCUCAGUGAUGUCAAGCAAAUCCAUCAAACAGACGGUGGUAGAACUCUGGACACAACUGGAAAAGGAUGUACAGCAGGGACUGAGUCUAUGGCACUGACUCUGAUGGGUGUGGUGAUGGUGCUCCCCCAGCUCUGGUAACUGAACUCUGCUGCCCCCACAGAGAGGUUCUCCUGGAAUCUUGAUUUCUCCCCUCUCUCCAUAUGCCUGGAAUAGGAUUUUUUCUGAAUGUAACAAUCAUAUUUAUGCAAAGAUAUGUCACACUAACUUCUCAGAAACCAAGUUGGAAUAUUCACAGAGUAUCUAAAAAUCAAUGUUGAAAUAAUACUCUGACAAUGUCUUCUUUGAAUCUUACUUAAACCUUAAAUUCUAACAUAUUAAACCUGCAAGUAUGAAGAUCACAGAGUGACUGUGCAUAAGGAUUUAGUUUAUCUCUAAUUGUAUUAUCCUGAAUUCCAAACCCCUUCCUUUCUGGCCAAAAAAAAAAGGUGUAUUUGCAGGACAAUGAAGACUAUACAUAGUAUUCAAAAUACCUGAGUUAGAAUUACAUUAAAACAAUCCAAACAAGCAAUGGCAAGUAACAUGCAUGCAUUUUCAAGCGAUUCUUCCAUUUUUGCAAGCUAUAGAAAGAAACUACUGAAAGUCUUUAAGUUAAAUUGUGAAAAAAACAAUUCAUGCAAUUUUAUUGAAAGAGCUUGGUGAUUUUUAUCCACUGUAACUUAACUAACAAAUGUAAAGCUGAAUAUUUUGGUAGCAUCUGACCUGCAUUGUAUUACAUUCUAAAUGCAUUUUCAGUAUUGUGACCCUGUUCCCUCCUUUCUCUGCCUAGUGGAUUUAGCUAUAUUGUAAAGCACAUGCCUGCUUCAGGAAUAUCUCUAAUAAAGCUGUUAAUUAGUUGAUGGAAAACCUUAAAGAAUUAUUAAUCAUUUUCUUCUGGCAAAAUAUCUUCAUGCAUUUACAGAAAUAUUAUUUGCUCUCCCUUUUUAAAACUUGAUAUUAGACUAAUAAUUCAAGGUUCCUGAGAAUAGCUAAAGACAUGUGCUAAUAUGGAAAAUGUGGUCUGCCAUGCAUUAGCUCUGUUCCUAUUUGCACAUGAGCAGAGCUGCUAAUCCAGCUCCUGAUUUCCCAGUUGUGAUAAGACUCCUCAACAGACACUAUCACUGUACUUAAGAAGGAAGAGAUAAGUCAGCUUUUAUUACUAAGUAUCUCAUUCACUCAAUAGCCAGAAAAUACCGUUAAUGCAAUGUGACAAAAAGGAGAAGUGCUGAACUUUUAACAUUUUUUAUAAAGGAUAUGAAACAACCUCUGAGAAAGAGGACUCCAUCGAUGGCAAAUAUUUGUGAGGAGAAAUCAAUCUAGCCAAUCAGGAAUCUCUUUAUGAUCAAACUAUGUUCUCUCUUAGCUUCUCAAUUAGCAAAUGAUCUUAGGUUGAUCAAUUCAACCACCACAGUAUUUUUGAACUGCCAGAUCCAAUUUAAGUGUCUCUUCAAACAUGCCUCAGAACUGAAAGUAUUAUUCUGGAUGCCAUUUUCUACAACUCCAUUCCAGCACUUAAUAUUUAUUGCAUAAUCUACUUGAUUAAUAAAUAGCUCAUUGUACCACCACACUCCACAAAUGAUAAACUUAAAUAUGCAUCAUUUUCAUUUUAACUUUAACUUCAGUUCUUUAACUGUGAAGAAAGAAAAGUAAUAUUAAGUCAUCCAUUUUCAGCCCAAAUCAUGGUUGGUUAGCUAGAAGUUCUGACUCAAACGUAGAGGAAUUUCAGACACUAAAUGGCAUGGUUUAACAGUCUUGGACAUAUCUGAAUAAAAUUAGUUGAUAGGAGAUAAUUUUAGAUUUGUUAACAAAUGGAAAAAAGCAUAGUAACAAAUCAGUAGCAUGAAUAAUUGUUAUUAACAAAAUUUUACAUGGGUGUUAUUUUCCUCCAGGCAGAUUAUGUAUACAUAUACACAUCUAUAGACACAUGUGCACUACCUACACAUAUUACAUAUGUACAGUCAUGCAUAUAUAUACAUGCAUGUGCAUAAAAGCAUGUGUGUAUAUACAUGCAUGGGUACAUGUACACCUAUGUGUGUCACAUGUAUGGGUGCGGUCAUGCAUAUGCAUGCAUAUGCAUACAUAUAUAUAUGCAUGUAUAUGUGUGUAUACAUAUUAUCUCUGGCAGGAGUUUGAUGACAUUGAUUUAUGAUGCUAUUGAUAGCUAGAUGAUUGCUGGAACUCAGAUCAUUUGAAGUUUGGAAUUCAUUUAAGAGCCUGAGGCAUAGUUUUUACUAUUCUCAAUGAGGAUAUUUAAUCUUGAAUACUCUACUCUGUAGCAUUUAAAUUUUGUAUAGCUCUUUAUAUUUUGCAAAGGUCUUUCAAGUAACAGAGUCUCAUUUGACCUUCCUCACCCCUCAAGGAUGGGUUUGAUAUUUAACUAAAUAAAAAUGAUGACACUGAUGUUUCAAAAUAUGACUGAUAAUUUGCUUCUGAAGAGUCUUCCUUAAGUAAAUUUUAAAAGCUUUUGAACAAUGGUAAAAUUGUUAUAAUAUGUAUCUAUUGUCCAAGAUGAAUUAGAGGAUAACUUACAAAUGAAUGUAUAUAUUUUAAAAUACCGCUCACAUAUUUAUAGUGACAUCUUAUGCUCGGAUCACUUAAGCAAAGAAUUUCAUGAAUAUCUGAGUAAUUACACAUAAAUGUAUUGGUCAUGGAACAGGCCAGUGUUUUGCAGAUCGUGGGAGAAAAGCAGUUAACAAUUUGACCUGACAUGUACUUGUUCCUCCUCUGUAUCAACACUACAAUAACUGUUCAUAGGAAAGCCACCUCAAGUAUCCUCAAUAAUAUUACACCUGUUUUCCCAGUGAGAAAACUGAGACUUACAAUGAUUAUGUAAGCUGUCUAGUAUCACACAAUGCAUCAUACUGCGCUGUAGACAUUCCUGGUACAGAUUUGAUACUUUUGUGACAUUAAUACAAGGUUGGCAUUAAUACAAGGUUGGCAUAAAAUAAGGUUGGCAUAGAAAUAAUUCAGCAGUAAUUUUUCUUUUGCAUUUGGCCUUUUUUCUUUACAUUAAGGUAAUAUGGAUUUACAACACUGUAUAAUUGACAAAUAUUGAACCACACCCUGCAGGUGUAUCAUACCACACCCACCACCAGGCCACCCACAGGCCUUCCCUAUAGUCCAUUGUGGUCCUUGCUCUCCUUUCUGCUGUAGUAUCCUCAAUUCUACAGUCAGACUCUAGGGGCUGUUAGUGGUUUGGUUUGAUCUGACCCUUUGUUUUGUUUCCCUACAUUCUACAUAUAAGUGACACCAUCCAAUAAUUCCAAACAAGGAUUUAAAAACAAACUAUUGAAUAUAUAUUUGCAAUUAUAUAAUUAUUAAACAGUGUUAGUAUAAAAGCAUAAUGAAAAGUAUAAACAUGAGUUUUUUUCAUAACCAGAUAUUACCCUACCACAUGCACAAAUCUCAUUCAAACACAUUAUCCUUCCCCAAAUAAAUCAACUAACAAAAAUGAGAAUGAAAACACACAUGCUUUGUAACUAUUGUAGAAUCAUGAAAUUUAUUUUUGUUUUCUGAGUCAGUAAAGGAUGUAGCGCAUUUCUUUGACCAUAAUACACAGGAUGACGUGAAAUGUAGGAAGGGGUGGAGGGAGGAAUGGAAAAAACAAAGGGAGGGAGAGAGGAAGGAUCAAUGGAUGCAAGGAUGAUAUAGUAGAAUAUUAUUAUAAAAUCCCUAGGUUUGCCUAUGUGUGCUGUAUUUGCUGAGGAACAUCUUAUCAAUGAAAUAAUGUCUGGAGUGUUAUAUUCCCAUUAAAAAACAAAAGUUAAUAAGCUAUUUCCACAAACAUUCAGAUUUUCUCAAGUGCUCAAUAAUGAUGCUUUGAAAAUGAUUCAAUUACUUUAUUGCUAAUUGUUUUCAAUCACUUAAAAUAUUGUUCCAAUCAUCAGAACUCUUCAGUUACAUUACAAAUUGUAUCCUCUUGAGUGAAUGAAUUCUACCUAGACUACUGUUAUGCUGAGAUAUUCACUGUACAGUCUGUGAUAGCAGUAUUUAAAUCUUUAGCUUGCAGACAUUGGCAUCCUAUACAAUUACAUAGGUUGUGUGAAAUUCAAAUAUAAUAAUUCUAAUGUUGUUAGAUAUGAUUUGGAGCAAAUCAAGUUUUUCUUUAAUUGUGGAUUAUUGUAUUAUCAGUCAUUCUUGA